CGUGAUUAUAAAAUAACUUUAAAACUCCAUAAUUUGACAAGAUUUAUAGUAGUGCCAUAAACAGCUCAUAAUAUGGCACCAAUAAAAAAGCAUUUUUAUGUCAUAAAAUUCUUAGAAGUGCCGUAUUGGGCAGAAGAAAAAUACAACGUAGUACCGUCUUCGUGGAUUUUGUCACGUUCACAUAAGGAUACAGAAGCAGCAUACCCGCUGAUAAGAAAAACAAAGCUAUUAAAGUAUGUUAGAAACAGGAAGCUUCCUAAUUAUAAAUGGCCAGUAUUUCGAGUCACUAUCGAAUUUAAAUCUAAUGUAUAUGAUGACGCUGUACUCUACAUUGAGUUUCGACAAAAUACCAAUAUGUUUGGUGAUAUGAUAGAAUUGUUUAAGCCGAAAAAAGAAUUACCUGCGGUUCGGAAAUGCAGUGUGAUAAAUGGUGACGUUAAAACUUUUGGAAAAGCUUAUAAUGAUAUCAAAUUAGCAGGGAAAGGAUCAAAGUUACUAAAGCAAACGAGUGACUUUUCUGAUGAAAGCAGUCGCAGUGAUUCUUCUUCAGUAACAAAUGAAAAUGAAGUCUCGAAAGCAGCCAAUACUCGUCUAUUGCAUCUACCAAUGCCGGUGAAUAAAAUUAAAGCAAUAGCAUUGGAGCAUGAACUUUUGAUUAAAAUGCGCGAGAUUUUUAGCGAAGCUGCUAAAUUAUUGGAAUCGUAUGUAGCUUUAAGAGCUAGUGUCAACUGAAAUGGAAUUAACUCAUAAAUCUGCUGAUUGUUAACAAUUAGAAUGACCUAUUUGCGUGAACUGUGUGGUUUCAAUAAAUAUCAAUUUCAAUUCCAUUGCUUAAUAGAGUAUACACUAGCUUGUUGAUCUAUUAGAAAAAAGACGCGGCACGACACAUUAAUAUCAAUCAUGAGCCACUUGACAACUUAUUAAUAGCCCCGAUAAAAAUCAAUUUCAAGCACACAGCUGCUUUAGUUACUAUGGCAACUAAUUAUUACUGUAUGGCCAUGCGCAUUCGUUAAUUUGCAAUCUUUCCUUUUGUAAAAUCUAAAUAAUACAUUAAUCUGAAAUAAUGUGAGCACUUGAUUAUUUUAGUUUUUUCUCCGGAUUUAACUGCUAACGAAUAUUCAAUUAUUUUUAUGGCUAAUUUAGCGUCAAAAAGGAGACAGAGGUCGAACCUACAGAUUUUUCCUGGUUGUUAGCUCUAGAUUAUACUUUUAUGUGGCCCCUCAAACGAUUAUACCUUGGGGCCUUAAUCUGCCUUUGAAUUUGAAACGAGUAAAUUGAUCAUCACUUACCUCUUAUAUUGUCCUGCUGGUUUUCAGUGGCUAGACUGUCGCUGUGCCUCGAAGGAUUGAUAUUAUAUACAGAAGGACCAGGAAUAAAGAAUGAGGUUCCAUACACUAGAUGAAUGAUAAGUAGCCGGAUUUUUCGAAAUAGUGUUACUUGAUCAUUGAAGAAUUGGCCCGAUAGGUCCAUAGAGCCUAAAGAAUAACCUUCUUUGAGCUUAAGAUAGAGUUUAAUCACGACAAUCUUCCGAGACUCUUUGGUACUCGUUAGUUUUGUAACCUUCGAUGCAAUCGUAGAGGGGACAUAUGAAUUGUUAUUAUUGGCUAAUAUGUUAUGUUUGCCAAAAGUAUUUCCUGAUUGGAUCGACCGGUGAUGAUGCAAUUUGAGUUGUUAGUCGUUGCUAUCGACUCACAAAACGGAAACUCUGCACUUUGCGUCAUCUUAACAACAGGGCCUCCUUUUUAUAUGGGACAAAGACUUAAAAACACUAGCAUGAGCCCUUCAAAUAUUUUUUUAACAAAAGGUGUAUCUCAAAGAAAAAUUACCCACUUUCUGAACACGACACUUAAAAAUAAAACAACAUCAUACAAUUAAAAAUCAGACUUUAUUCACAGCGUAAUUUCGAUAAGAGAUUCUUGGUAUGGCAUU